AUGACCUCCCCUUCAAACGAAGAAGAAUUGGGGUUUAUACAGAGGCUGAGUGAGCUGAAUGAAGGUCACGCGCGAGCGAAGCGCAAGAUGCCAUCGCUCUCAAUCAACAAUCCAAUGGAAGUGCUUCGGCAGCGGCUGCUUCUAGAAGUGGCCCGUAAGCAGAUGCGCGAAGCAAACCAAAGGCAGGCCGUCGCCAACCGACUCUUUUUGCAAAACGUCGGUAAACGAGGAUUCUGGGCAAAAACUGCUUCAUCCCGCUACGAUAACUAGAGCCGUUGGCCACUGACCUUUCCGUCGCUGCAAGCUGUUGACACUACCUGGCUGGAGCAAGAUGCUGCGUCAACUGAACAAACACUCCAUAUACGACCGAUGUACCGAUGACUUUGCAAAACCACGUAGAUUUAAUAUUUAUAGGAAUACACAUUGUAGUCUAACAAAGGAAUUUUCUGUGUGUCUAGUCAGUAAUAGGUAUGUAAUAAAUUAUCAAUUUAUUAA